AUGACACUCCUCUUUGCACCAAUCGCCAGAAACUUCAAAUCCUUCCAACAGAACUUUACGCCAACCUCCAUCAUGCAUCGAUCAAUGGCUGUUACCCUUCUGGCGCUGGCCGCCACGCCUUUCGCACCCGUCGCAGCGGACCCUGCUUUCCAGAUAUCCCUUCAAUCCGCACCAGGCUGCGCAGGAGGCCAGAUCACCUCCUACACCUUCCAAACAUCAGACGCUCCACAGGUCUGCGGGGCCAUCCCACUCCCUCCGAAACGAGAUAUCGCAAAGAGAGCCAACGCGAACCGAAAGUGCCUGUCGGUGGGCAGCGCGCAGUCCUGGGCUCACCUGCCAGCGAGUGCAGACAACUUCUAUACUCUCUAUGUCCACACGUACACCAGUGACGACUGCAGUGGAGAUUUCGCGGCGGCAUACUCCACAGAUGCAGCAGGAUGUGUCGAGUUCGAAGGAGAUGGGGACGUCAAGAGCGUCGAAGCUUUUAUCUCGCAGUGCGGCAGUCCGUGGCGGGAAUAG